AGCCUUUGCUGCCCUCAUUCUUCCUGCAAUCUUCUUUUUCUUCAACAAAUGGAAGAAAUCCAAAAAUAGCAAACCGACGAAACAGCUGCCACCGGGCCCCCAAAAACUUCCUAUAAUCGGAAACCUUCACCAGAUGAGAAACCCUCCCAUCCGCUGCUUCAGAGAUCUCUCCAACCUCUACGGCCCCUUGAUGCACCUCAAGCUCGGUGAGUGCAACACGGUCGUCGUCUCGUCGCCAGAGCUCGCGAAACAAAUGCUAAAAGAUCUCGACCCUAGCUUCGCCGACCGGGUGCAGAACGUGGCCUGCAGGAUCAUUUGGUACGACGGCAGCGACGUCGCCUUCAGCCCCUACGGCGAGUACUGGCGCCAGAUGAGGAAGCUCUGCAUCAACGACCUUCUCAACCCCAAAAUGGUGCGCUUGUUCCAAUCCAUCCGAGAAGAGGAGUCCGCUCGAUUGGUCGAAUCCUUGCGCGAAUCUUCCGGAAGCCCCGUGAAUUUCACGGAGAAGUUGUUUUUCUGUACGAGCUCCAUCACUUGCCGCGCUGCCUUCGGCAGCAUAUGCAAGGAUAGAGAGAGGUUGCUUAAGAUGAUGGUGGAUUCCAUGAGUUUGAUCGGAGGCUUCGAUAUGGUGGAUCUGUUCCCUUCGUCUAAGAUAAUUAGCGCGCUCAGCUGGAGAAAGCUGAGGCUCUUGCAUACGAUGAGGCGCGAGCUCGAUGUGAUUCUUGACGAUAUUAUUGAUCGGCAUAAAAGGAACUCGGCCGAAUCCGGUGGCCGGAAAGAGGGGAAUUCAGAGUUUGGGGGUGAGGAUUUGGUUGAUGUGUUUCUUAGGGCUAUGGAAGAAGAGGACCUCAAGUUUCCAAUUGAUAAGAGCAACAUCAAGGCUGUGCUGCUUGAUAUGUUUAGUGCUGGAACUGAUACUUCAGCGACAACUAUUGAUUGGACCAUGGUGGAAUUGAUGAGGAACCCUGGAGUUAUGGCUAAGGUACAAGCUGAAGUAAGACAAGCUUUGAAUGCGAACAUGGGAGCAGAUAAUGAUCUUAAAUAUCUAAACUUGGUGAUCAAGGAGACCCUGAGACUACACCCUGCGAUUCUGAUGCUUCCUAGAUCUUGCAACGAGGAACAGUUGAUCAACGGAUACACCAUACCGGCGGGAUCAAUGGUAAUGGUAAAUAUUUGGGCGAUGCACAGGGACCCAAGGUACUGGAAAGAUCCGGAGAGGUUUAAUCCUGAGCGAUUUGAGAGUGGAAAUCUGAAUUUCAUAGGUGGUGAUUUUAAAUACUUGCCAUUUGGUUUUGGAAGAAGAAUGUGCCCCGGCUUGGCUUUCGGUUUGGCUAACGUCGAGGUGGCUCUGGUUCAACUGCUCUACAACUUCGACUGGAAACUUCCUGAGGGUGUCAGGGCUGAAGAUUUGGACAUGAUUGAAAAUGUGGCAAUAACAUCUACAAGAAAACAAAAUUUGUUGGUGGUCGCCACCCCGUACAAGUAGCUUGGAGUUGUAAUAUCUAGUACUACCUUGAAAAGAAAUGUUUCAAUUCUAAUAGAACAGAUAGAGUAUUUGACAAUGUCCCUUCAUAUGUAUAUGUACAUAAUAAUGAUGCGUUGCAAUCAGCAUGUGAUAUU